AUGACGUCCUCUGCUCUCCCCCAAGGUUUCUCCAUCUUCCAGCCCGCCCUCGGCGCCCAGCUCCAGUUCUUCCCUGCCGUCGGCACUCAGGAACUCGAUGAGCUAAUACACGCCUAUCUCGUCGGCCCUGGCUCCUCCCAGGAGAAGCGCGCCACGCUGGCCCUUGAUUUCUUCGAGCACGCCCAGCUGACCGGCCAGUCCUUCAAGUUUUACCCCGUCUACUCCGUCGUCGCCGCCUCUCCGGCCACCUCGGGUGCCUCCUCCAUGCACACAUCGCCCGCCACGGCCUCCUGGGACUGGAGUCAGACGGGUUCGCGCGCCGCCUCGGUGUCCUCGCGCUCCUCGCAACAUCAGCACCGUGUGAGCAAACCUGUUAGCCCGGCGGCCCGCGUCCGCGGGACUGCUGACUUCGCCAGCCUCCCCGGCAUGAAGAUUAUGACCAAGGACGGCCUCGACGUCACCAACUCGGCCUCACGCGGCUCCAAGACCAAGGAGCAACGCGACCAUGCGCAUCUUAUGCGCAUUAUCAAGGCUUGUGACAGCUGCAAGCGCAAAAAGAUCCGCUGCGACCCAAGCCAUAAAAAGCGCGGGGCCGCAGCUUCUGCGGCUCCCGCUCCGGCUGCCACCGGCAAGGUCACCAAGAAGGCUCGUACAUCCUCCCCGUCGGCGGCAUCGCAAUCGACAUCUCCCCAACAGUCGGUAUCGCCGCAAUCGAUAUCCCCGUUAGUCAUGAUGGAUGACUUUGGCAGCUUUUCCGCCUCGCCCUUUGAAAUGGAUGCUGCCUUUAGCUUUGACGCUCUCGACGCCUUUGCUCCCACCAUGGAGGCUCCAGCAGACCUCUGGGACGAAUUUGUUCAGUAUCCGCCCGUGGACCAGGACCAGGACUACGACUUCUUCGCCGAUCCAGAGAGCUUGCUCUCUUCACAGUCCUCGGACGCGGAGCUGUCCGCCGCCGGUCUCUCUGCCUCAGUUUCAUCUCCUCGUUCUAUAUCUCCUUCAGGCCGUGGCCCAGGAGUCGGGCGUGCAGAGACUCACGCAGAGCUACUCGACGGGACGGCGCCUGCUGCAUUGGCAUCGGUAUCUGCUCAGCUGCCGUAUGAGCUGCACGAUACGGUUGGCGAAUACACCGACUUCAACUUGUUCUCACCCGGAUCCAGCUUCUCCGAGGACGAGCGCAUGCUCGACAUUGCGUCAUCGACGUCUGGCCUGUCUACACAGAGUAUACCGUCACCAAGUGACUCACCACCUCGACCUCAAAAUGUUGAGACAAUGGAUGUUACUGCCAUCGGUGUCAGCACUGGCGAUGCGGCUGAGCAGUCUCCUUUUACCAGGGCCGCGGAAGACGACCCGUCGGAUCGCAGUGAUAAGCGAGAUCCGUCAGAUCGCAGCGACAUCCUGGACGCAAGGGCCGGUGGCACUGCCGGUGCGAUUAGCGUACUGAGUCGCUCUGACGUGGUCAUGCGUACCAACGAACAAGGGGAAUUAAUCAUUUGCUGUCCACCGGGCACCGUCGUCAUCAACAGCAGUGGCCAAGGAUCGACUGACGCCGGCCGAGUCAACGUGUCUACUGUCAAUGACUCUAGCAGCUCUUCAAUCUCCAAACCGCAUGAACUAAGUGAAAUGGCAGUUGCGUUUGUAUCCUCCGGCACGGGCAACGUAGACACUUCGGUUUCUACGUGGCUCGACGAAGGCUCAAGUGGCCAAGCCUCGCAGCUUGCGAUUCCAGUUGCUGCCUCGCCGCAGGAAAGCCCCGUGCCGCUGGUCGAUACGCUGGACGACCGCCAGCCCUCGCGCUUUGUCCAUCGAAACAUGGACGUACUCCAGCCACAGCGUGCUGUUGUUGCCACUGCUGCUGCAGACAACGACGGCCUUGUUGGAGCGGCUGGACUCGCGACCGAAACCGGCUCUCUCUCUGUAUCUGCUACUGGACUUGGCUCUACCUCGGCUUCUGCUUCGACUGGACUCGCAACUGCAUCGACAAAUUCGUCAUCGGAACCCGCAUCCCCUCUCUCUCUUUCAUCUUCUCCGUUUGCCAAAGACAUUUUCGGUGGCUACGUCUCUGAUGAAUCCGGCUCGCUGUCUCCUCACUCUGCCGUACUCGAUCGCUCGGUCACCAACCCGUCUACCUCGUCAGAACUUGCCAACACAUCAUCUGCGUCAGUUGCCUCUGCGUCUGUUGACGAGCCAUCAUUCGACGAACCGAGCUUGGAUGACAAUCAAACGGUUGCUUCCGUUCCCUCGUCGAAUGGAACACCGUUAUCGUCGUCGUCCCCUGCUCUACCUCGUACUGACCGCCCUCUUCCGGACUCUGAAUCGGCCUACAAUGUCUCCCACACUACUACCUGCCCCUUCUACGAACAUGACACGACCGGCAUCGGAAGAACUCUCUGCACAGUGGAACCAUCUCCCGCUGUCACCACCUCUCCCGCCGUCACCACCUCUCCCGCUGCCACCACCUCUCCCGCUGCUACUACCUCUCCUAUCGCUACCACCUUGCAACUGGCUCAAAUCAUGCAAACCUUACUCACCCGCACGCUACUUGUUACAGCCUACGCUCAAUCUAUCGCUACUACGCCUAAACCCAGCAUUCGCAGCAGACUCUGCCGAGAAUAUGCGCCGCGCUCUCGCAGUACACUGACUCAGUCUGCGCGUGUGCCGAUUGUCGGCUAA